AUGGAUCUCGCCAUGAUCCUCAGUCCCGCCCUCGAGGAAGAGGCGCGUGCAGUGAACGCGCCGCCGCCGCCUUCGCCGUCUCCGCCUUCGCUCGAGAGCAACCGCAACUGGAGCAUCGACGAGCUCCAGUGCGCCGUAGCGAUCCUCCAGGACUUCCAGCAGCCGAGUGCCGAGCCGCCUCGAGACGCCGCUUUCUACGCGAGUCCGCAAGAGGCGCGAGAGGUCACAACCGGUUGUGAGCGAGCGGCAGACGACGACGCUGAAGCGGCCGCUGCUCGUGGCGAAACGCCGUCGUGCCGCACAUUGGGCCCACCCGAGCAGCACGUGCCGUUUUUCGCCAAGAACAUGUCCAAGUUGGACUUACUAGUGCAAGCAGACGCUGCGAUCGACCACGACCGCCCCCAAGCUCCAUCGUCCCCCCUGGACGACAAGUGCCUCCACCUCCGUAGUGGAGUGUGGUCUCGUGCGGAAGAAGAGUACGCUAUCGCACUCGUGGAGUUCUUUUUGGAUGGGCUCUUGGACCUGCCAGAGGGCAUUACGCUGCGCAAGUUUGUCGCCGAGAAGCUCUGCUGCAACCGCCGGCGGGUCUCAAUGAAGCUCGGCACAGGCUCGUUGGCCGGGCAGAAAAUUCCAAGAAAAGUCGGGGCCUCGGUGUUCAUUGCAGCUGACCCUGCCCCAAGUAAGAAGCAACGCGAGGAGAUUGAGAUUGUGCUAGAGGGGCUUCGUCAGGCCAGCUUUGACACUGGACAGUGGAACAGCAGCCGCAGCGACGAUAAGGACGGAAGCUUUGGUCAUUCCCAGCACAGACUGACAAAGGGACGCGGCGAGAGUGAACCGCUUACUUGUCGAAAGUUGACCCAUCAUGACCGCAAGAAGCAAAUGCUGAAGCCAAAGCGCGGUAAGCCGACGAUCAUCCGCACAGGCUUCGAGUCACCUGAAGAAGAGGAGUUUGUCAUUACGCUGUUUGAGUUUUUCAUGGAAGGCUCGCUGGAUAUACCUGAAGGCACGAAACUGGUGCGUUACUUGUGUCAGCAACUAAAUUGCACGUCGAUGCAGCUAAGUAUGAAACUAGCGCCGCCGCGCAUGGGAGAGCGCAAGCUGCCUGAUAAUGUCGGCUCGAUCCGGUAUGUGCGCAAGGUAACAGGAGCUGUUUCGUCGGAUGAAUCGGACGACGAUGAUUUUGCUGAGGAUCUUUUUGAAGUGGAAAGUCGCAUCACAGAGCUUCGGCUGGCUUAUGAGGAUGCGCGGAAGAGUGCUUCCUCGUCGACAGCGGUGUCCAUCAAACCUGACCGCAAAAGCAGUGUCGAUAGUAUGUCUAGCGCAGGGACGCUCAGCGUGGCUGAUUCACCGAGUGUAAGCCCCGAUCCCUCUUUUCGGCGCACAGGUUCCUGGUCUUAUGACGAAGAGGUGUACGCAGCUGCGCUUAUUGACUAUUUCUUCAAAGGGGUGCUGCGGAUUGCUGAGGGUACAACGCUUCGUGCUUUCCUAUCGCAGCGACUAUGCUGCAAUCCCAUGCGUAUCUCCAAGAAGCUUGCGAGUGAGUGCAUUGCUGAGACCAGUAUUCCGAAAAAGUUGGGGAGCUCGACGUACGUGCGUAAUAAGGAAGUGACCUCAGAGGAGCAAGACGAGGUGGAAGAAAUCCUUCGCGGGUUACAGCGUGCGUGUAUGCAAUUGAGUACAGGCAAGAGCGGUGGUGUCUUGGGCUCAAAACGCACGCGUCAGUCUCGUGGCGCUCGUCAUCAACUGUUGGCUGCUGCGAUCAAACCGGGCUCAGGGUCCUAUUCGCACCGAGCCAUGGGGUCUUAUGCACGCGACAAGCUCCCGAAGAAACAUCCAAGAACGGCAAUGGCCCACACAGCUGCAGCAUCAGCACGGAAGGAGAAAAGGCUGCGCUGUCACGCGCCGCACUCUGGCUCUGCGCUUGUGGUGCCGGCACCACUGAAGCAGCAGUUGGCAUGA